CUGCUUUGCAUCCGCUGUUCCUCUGCUCUCAUCAGCCUUCCUGGCAGCAAUCUCAUCAGCAUUCCAGGCAACAAUCUCAUCAGCUUCCUGGCAGCAAUCUCAUCAGCUUCACUUAGCUGCAGCUCUGGUUACGGAGGAACGCUUUCACACCUGGAUGUCAUCAGAUUCUCAGUUCACAGGUCCCCUUAUUCACCAUGCUUCAAAACAUGGCUUCUCUCUCUCCUUCCUGUUCUCUCCAACUCUGUGUGUAAAAAAAAAAAAAAAAACCCACCUCUUCAUGAAUAUAGAAAUAUCUAUGCAGUCUGA